UUCGGAGGGGGUUCCUGGAGGAACUUUCUGCACGCCAUGGUUUGAGGCCGGCUUCUUCCUGGUCUUUCCGCCACCGGGGCGGCAUGGUCUUCGAUUUCCGCGCCUACGACCUGAGCAGCGUGCGAGGUGGCCUACCCCACCGUCGGCGCCUCCUCCUCGAGAGGAGGCGCGGCCCGGAGAAGAGGCGCGCCGCCGGAGCCGAUCCUCGUUACGUCGUCGUAAAAGAAGAGGAGCUCGACGACGACGCCAACGAACGGCCGGAGGAGGCUCCUGAUUCGAGAUCUUCGGGAGGAAGGGCGACAGUCCCACACGUGUGUUUUGAGGCUAAAAUGACCUUUUAUAACCUCACUAAGCCUUAUAUGUAUUUCCCAAUCGGAGUCAUUAGACAAUGCAGCGAACUAAGUCAUCUAAAGGAGAUUACCCUCAAGGACCCAGAGCUCCGAUUAUGGGAAACUCAAAUCUUUCAUAGAAAAACUCCUCCGGCAAGCGGGUCCGGGACCCACAUCGCCAGAGGAUGGCUGGAGUUUGCUCAGGCUAACAAGUUGAAUAUUGGUGAUAGAUGCGUAUUUGAGUUGGUGCCUCGAGGGAAGAAGAUGACGAUGAAUGUUCAGAUAAUUAGAAAAUUGUAGUAUCUCGUGCAUGUGUUUUCUUUUAAG